CUUCCCUGCAAGUAGCUCAGUCAAUUUGGAGAAAAGAACGGAGGAAUCAUGACUGUGAAGCGCCGCAACCAUGGACGUAACAAGAAGGGCCGCGGCCACGUGAAGCGUGUGCACUGCGUGUCAACGGCUAAGCUCAUCCCCAAGGACAAGGCCAUCAAGCGCUUCGUUGUUCGCAACAUUGUGGACCAGUCGGCCAUCCGUGAUCUGAAGGAGGCGUCCGUGUACGAGUCGUACGCUCUGCCCAAGAUCUACAUCAAGAACUACUACUGCGUGGAAGCCGCCAUCCACCAGCGUAUCGUGCGUGGUCGCUCGAUCGAGGCCCGUAAGAGCCGUGCCCCGCCCCCGCGUCGUUUCGCCCCCAAGCGCACGUCGUGGGGACGCCAGCGACUUCCUUCGCCAUAA